AUGUCCACCUCCAUUCCAGACCGCUACAAGCUCAUCUUCUUCGUCCCGACCGCCAACGUGGAACCCUGUAAAGAAGCCAUCUUCGCCACAGGUGCGGGGUCAUUCCCAGGUGGUAAAUAUACCAAAUGCUGUUUCCAGACUGUUGGCACGGGCCAAUUUCUGCCCAACGAGGGCGCAGACCCGGCGGUCGGAGCUGUCGGAGCUUUGGAACGGUGCGAGGAGGUCAGGGUUGAGAUUAUGUGCCUUGGCCGAGGCAUUAUGCUGAAUGCAGUCGAUGCUUUGAUCUCGGCUCAUCCGUAUGAGGAGGUUGCUUAUGAGGUUUAUAAGAUGGAGAACGUUUAG